UUCACCAAAACCAUCUUGUUAUCUAAAGAUUUCUUUCGUUAUAAAUUGUUGUUAUGCAUUCUCAUCUAUCAGCAACUGAAGCUACUCGACAUUAUGCACUCCGCCGCCCCCACUCAUUUUUCCGGCCGCCGGAAAAUCACCACCUCAACCGGCGGCACGACCCCUCUUCAAAUUUUACAGACACUAAAAUCAAAACCCAGAAGAACAAACAUAUGCAAAUUACUAGCAUUGCCUCUUCUACUAACACUUGUAUUGUUACUCACUAAAGCAAUGCUGACACAAUUACUUGUAGUUCAGAUUCCAAAGCCAAAAGUACUCAUAAGCAAAACCCCAAAGUUACAAUCUUUAAAUUCAUCUUCAUCACCAUCAAAUCCAAGAAUCAAGAACUUAAACAGCCCUUAUCAUAAUUGGGAGCUUUUUGCUGCUGAUUAUCAAGAAAUGCAACAAAAUUUUAAGAUAUUUGUGUAUCCUGAUGCCUACAACACUUCUUCCCCCUUUGCCAAAAUCUUUGUUCCUUACCCAAAAUCGAGUCUUUUUAAUCCAAGUUCAAGGUCAAAAAUUGGGAAUUACUAUAGUGAGCAUGCCUUCAAGGCUGCUCUUUUGCAGAGUUCUUUGAUCACCACAAGGCCUGAAUCGGCACAUUUUUUCUAUAUGCCUUUUUCAAUCAAUGCUAUGCGAUAUGACCCUCGAUUGCAUUCGGAGAAGGCCAUUGGGAAUUUCGUGGGGGAAUAUGUUAGGAGAAUUAGUCAUGAGUUUGAGUACUGGAAUGCUUCUGGAGGGGCUGAUCAUUUUUAUUCAUACUGUCAUUCUGUGGGUCGAGAGGCGGCGUCUAGGCAUAGGGGUUUGAGUAAUAAUGCUAUCCAGGUCACUUGCUCGUCCAGUUACUUUCAGAGAUUUUUUGUUGCGCAUAAAGAUGUUGGAUUACCUCAGGUUUGGCCUCGUCAAGUACAUGAUCAUGAAUCUACAAAUGCCAGGCCUAAACUUGUUUUCUUUGCUGGGAGAAUACAAAACUCUCGUAUCCGACAAGAAGUGGUAGCUCUGUGGAGCAAUGAUACUUCCAUGGAUAUAUAUCCCGGAAAUGCACCAUAUGCUUAUGAAGAAGGAUUUAAGCAUAGCAAAUACUGCCUCCACCUGAAAGGAUACGAAGUAAACGCUGCAAGAAUCAGUGAUGCUAUACACUAUGGGUGCAUCCCAGUUUUGUUUUCCAAUUAUUAUGAUCUACCAUUCGCUAAUGUUCUGGAUUGGAGCAAGUUCUCAAUCAUCAUGAAUGAAGCAGACAUUGUAUCCUUAAAGAAGGUAUUGUUGUCGGUACCAAGUGAAACUUACGAAAGCAUGUACCAGAAUCUGAAGUUAGUUAGGAGACACUUCAGAUGGCAUGAAACCCCAAGAAGUUAUGACUCCUUUUACAUGACAGCAUACCAAUUAUGGCUGAGAAGAGGCUUACAGCGUUUGCCUUACUAGUUGCUCAAUCAACCUUUGGCUCUCAGGUUGUUUAAACUUCUAUCAGCAACAUACAAAUGAUAGUCAGCAGCUAUAUCUUAGCAGAAUUCAGAAGACAAUGGUCACAAUGCUUUCAAAUAGUAUAUAUUUGUAAUAUAUAAUUGCUUAGAAUUGAAUGGAUCCUCGAAGUAGAGAUCAGUGUUCAAUGUGUCGGCCUUUUAAGGAUUUAGUGAUAGCGUAAUGGUAAAUGUGUAUCUUCUCCCC